CACUUGCUUGCUGCAGCCACAUUGAAGCUACCCCUCCUGGAAGCUCUGAACCUCAACACAUCCACGAGGACCCGCUUCGGCCUCUCUCACUUUUCCUAGACACCGCACCUUGACCUCAUACCUGACCCACAGUGAAACACAGCGACCACAUCAUUCCUUUCUCCUCACUUCCACGACUUCACCCACGACUCUCACGAACUUCCACGACUACACACAACACACACAAACAUGGCGCCUACAAACGUACCAGCUCCCCUCGAGGGCAAGAAGAGGAGAAUCGGUGUCAUGACCAGCGGAGGAGACGCGCCUGGCAUGAACGGAGCGGUGCGAGCUGUCGUCCGUAUGGCCAUCCACAACAACUGCGAGGCAUUCGCUAUCUACGAGGGCUACGACGGGCUUGUGAAGGGCGGCGACAUGAUCAAGGAGAUGCACUGGGAGGAUGUCCGAGGCUUCCUUUCUGAGGGAGGUACUCUCAUCGGCACAGCGCGUUGCAUGGAGUUCAUGCAGCGAGACGGUCGCCGAACAGCCGCAAAGAACAUGAUCACCAAGGGCAUUGAUGCUCUCAUCAUCUGCGGUGGUGACGGUUCCCUCACUGGUGCGGACAGGUUCCGUGACGAGUGGCCCAGCCUGAUCGAGGAGCUCAUCGAGAGGAAGGAACUCAGCAAGGAGCAGGUUGACCCGUUCAGACAUCUCAACAUCGUUGGUCUCGUCGGCUCCAUCGACAACGAUCUCUCCAUGACCGAUGCCACAAUUGGCUGCUACACAUCCCUUGCCCGUAUCUGCGAGGCUAUCGACUCAGUCGACACCACAGCCGUCAGUCACCAGCGUGCGUUCGUCAUCGAGGUCAUGGGGAGGCACUGCGGUUGGCUCGCUCUUAGUGCUGGUGUAGCAACUGGAGCAGACUUUGUUUUCACACCCGAGAAUCCACCGCACCCAGGUUGGGAGAAGGAGAUGCUCAAGCAGAUCAAGAAGCAGAGGGACAUGGGCAAGCGCAAGACUAUCGUUGUCGUUGCUGAAGGUGCUAUUGAUCGCAAUCUGAAGAAGAUCACUUGCGCACAGGUCAAGGACGUCCUCGCGAAUGAGGGCAAGCUCGACACAAGAAUCACCACACUCGGCCACGUCCAGCGUGGAGGCACCCCAUCUGCCUACGACCGCAUGCUUGCGACUCUGCAGGGUGCUGAGGCUGUCAAGGCAGUCUUGGAGGCUACACCUGAGACUCCCAGCCCUGUCAUUUGUGUCCAAGAGAACAAGAUCGUUCGCCGAUCCCUCCUGGAGGCUGUUGCGCAGACUAAGGAGGUUGCUGUCGCUAUCGAGAACAAGGACUUCGAGCGCGCCAUGCAGCUUCGCGACACCGAGUUCGCGGAGCAGUACAAGUCCUACCACAUCACCACAGCAGCGAACUUGCCUGAGCUUCGCCUGCCAGAGGAGAAGCGCAUGCGUGUUGGUAUCAUCCACGUUGGAGCGCCAGCUGGUGGCAUGAACGCUGCCACACGCGCGGCGGUAGCAUACUGUAUUGCUCGUGGCCACACACCGGUUGCGCUUCACAACGGUUUCCCUGGUAUCAUCCGCCACCACUCGGAUGAGCCUGUAGGCGCUGUCCGUGACAUCAAGUGGGUUGAUGCCGAGACAUGGGCCUCGAAGGGCGGAUCUGAGAUUGGUACCAACCGUGGUCUGCCCAGCGAGGACCUCGAGACCUGCGCCUUUGUGUUCAAGAAGUACAACAUCCAGUCGCUUUUCGUUGUCGGUGGCUUUGAGGCUUUCACCGCCGUGUCAGAGCUGCGUAAGGCUCGCGAGCACUACAAGGCGUUCAAGAUUCCCAUCGUCAUUGUGCCCGCUACCAUCUCCAACAACGUCCCCGGAACCGAGUACUCAAUCGGCUCAGACACAUGUCUGAACGCCCUCAUCCAGUACGCCGACGCCUGCCGUCAAUCCGCUUCCGCCUCUCGCCGCCGUGUCUUCGUUAUCGAGACCCAAGGUGGUGAGUCCGGCUACAUUGCUACAGUCGCCGGUCUCUCCAUUGGUGCGCUUGCUGUGUACACACCCGAGGACGGCAUCAGCCUGAAGAUGCUGGAUCGUGAUAUCGACCAUUUGGCCGAAGUUUUCAAGAAAGACAAGGGUAUCUCUCGCUCUGGAAAGGUCAUCCUUGUCAACGAGAAGGCAAGCAAGACAUACUCAGUCCAGACGAUCGCGCAGAUGAUCGCAGAGGCUGGCAAGGGCAAGUUCGAGUCUAGACACGGUGUGCCCGGUCACUUCCAGCAAGGCACCACACCCUCGCCCAUGGACCGCGUUCGCGCUGUCAGGUUUGCGACCAAGGCCAUGCAGCACCUCGAGGAGUUCAUCGGCCAAAGUAUGGACGAGAUUGACGACGACCCUAUGAGCGUCAGUGUGGUUGGUAUCAAGGGCAGCAAGCUGCUGUUCAGCCCCAUGGAGCAGGUCGAGAAGAAGGAGACAGAGUGGCACAGGAGACGCCCCAAGCACGAGUUCUGGAUGGUCCUCAAGGAGACAGUCGACACAUUGUCCGGCCGUCCUCAGGCCCCGAAGAACCCUUCGCCUAUUGAUACCCUGGCGGGCAGGCCGAGCAGCAGCGGCUCAGCGUUGUAGCUGUAUGAUCCGAGAAGAGUGUAGAUGGUGUGCCUUUAUGAUUAGCAUGUACUGAAAUGAA